AUGAAGUUAUUCUCGUCUUCCAUUAUGCUCCUAGCCUCUGUUGCCAACUCUAUGCCAUUCGACGAGAGAGAUGCAUCCUCCUUAGCAGUGAACCUGGAGAUGAUUGGCAACACGCUUGUUAAGGCGACGAUCACCAACAAUGGCGGAUCUGAUCUGAAGCUGUUCAAGACCGGUUCACUGAUUGAUCCUGAUAUCCAAACCGAGAAGGCUGAGAUCUUCCAGAAUGGCGAGAGCAUUGACUUUGAAGGCGUUUAUGUCGAAAUCUCUAUGGAGGACGUGGACGACACCGACUUUGAAGCUCUUCGCGUUGGGCAGACCCUUGAGACCACUUUCGAUGUCGGUGAAACCCACAACCUUGGCGCCGGCGGCAACUUCUCUCUGAUCUCUACUGGAUCCUUCUUGUACGCUCUGCCCGGGUCCAACGAGAUCGCAGGCGUGAUCCAGUUUACCAGCAACACCAUCAACACGCACGUGGACGGUGCCGCUGCCUCCUCCAUCCAUCAGGGUUUCGCCCUUCGCGCACGUCACAUCCUGGCCAUCGGAAUAUGUCGAAAUCGCGCGCGUCGAGCCGCCGCCGCCGCUCGCUCCGGACCUGCCGCCAGGAUGAGGGAGUACUUCAAGUCGGCCGCUCCUGUGACUCGCAACCACGUCGCUGGUAUCUUUGACCGCAUCGCGGUGGCUUGCAGCAGCAUCAACUCAGGGGUGCCCACUACUACUGUGGCGACCCGAGGGGCGGACCAGGCCUUCGUCACGCUCCACGAGACGGGCCAUCUGUUCGGCCUCAAGGAUAUCAAUAGGGCUUACAGCUACGAACAAACCCGGGCUCUUUCAGCAGCUCAGAACCUUAGACACACCAACUCGUACAGUUACUUCGCCAAAGCUCGAUAUGCCGGCUCUGCUCGUGCAUCCAUCGACCGUAUCGUCAAGAGGCUUGAGGCUGCAAAUACCGUUGCUUAUGAGGAUGUUGCUGAUGCUAAGAUAGGGCGCCCGCAGCAGCUCACGGAGGAAGAAGAAGAAGCUAUCGUAUCUUAUAUCAUCUGGAUGCAGAAGUCAGGCCUGCCUGCCGCGAAGUGGGAAAUAGAGGAUGCAGCACUCACUCUGCGCCGCCGCCGUGAUCCUGAUGUGACACGUCCAGGUCGUAAAUCACCCCAGCCCGUAACCACGAUUGCAGCACUUGACACAUUCCUAUAA